AUGGACAUCACCUCUCAGGAUACAGCUGGAUUACACUCAUGUCCACUGAAGCCAGCAAUUUAAUCUUCAACUUUUUACACCACCUUAUGUGAGAAAAGGACGACAGUUUAGACCAGCAGUUUGGGAACAAUGUCAACAGUUCUAUCUAACAAUAAAGAAGAGACGGGAGUGAGAAAAACGCUGUUAGGCGCUUCUUCAGCUUCUGCCACUGCCACUUCUAACAGCCUGAGGAAUGAUAAACUCUCACGGUUGAACUCCGCAAGAACCAGUAAUGCACCCAGUGCAUCCAGUGACACAGGUGUGAACCACGCUGAGUCGUACUUCUUAAGAAGAGAGCACAGACUGUCAGCACGGAGGAAAGCAGAGGAAGAGGCUGCCAUAAAUGACUACAAAAAGAUGUAUGAGAAAGCACUGGCCACCAAUCAGAGGCUCAAAUCCAGACUGGAGACGAGUAAACAGGAACUGACUGUGAUCCAGGACCAGCUGCAGAGAGCACAGAAAGGGCGACCAGGAGCUUGUGGAUCCAACAUGCUAGAAACUGAGAAAAAGGAAAGUUGGGCCCUGAAAAAGAGAAUAUCAGAUAUAGAGGAACAAUUAAAGGUGAAAGCAGACCUGAAGAUGGAGAACCAGAGACUGAAGGAUGAGAACGGGGCCCUCAUCAGAGUCAUCACCAAACUGUCCAAAUAAGACUAAUUGUACCAUACCAUCUGAGAUAUUUAAAACUAUGCUAUUUAUUCUGUACAUAGCUAAAGUACUGAAACACCAAAGGUGCAUUAGGCCCAGCUAGAAGAGGCCUGCAUGCCAUAGAAUAUUUUCUUUGUCACUUGUUGAUAUAUUUAUGAUUUUUAUUCAAAUCAAUUUGUCGAAUAAAGACAACACUGUCACU